GCCGCGGGACUCGGAGGCGGCGGGCUCAGUGGCCGCGGAGGCUCCGCCGCCGCCGCUCCAGGGGCGCCCAGGCGAGAGCGCGCAGCUCUCCGGAAGGCUCGAGGCCCGGCAGGACCGCGGCUGCAGCGAGGAGGCUAGGAGCUGCGGGGACCUCGGCUUGGAGGCCGAUCUGCGAACUCCGCGGGACCGAGGCCUCCCCGAGAGCCGCGUGCGUGACCCGCAGGCACCGCCCUGGGUCUCCGGCCACCCACAGGCUCUCUGCACCGCGGGCCCCGGGGUGGAUUCGGCCCGUCCUGUACCACGUUCUGGAACAACCAAAAACUCCGUUUGGGAUUUUUCCCGAAUAAACAAGAACCUAGAGGCUUUUGCUCAAUGCUGGAUGGAUUUAAGACAUAGACACUUUUGAGCGUCUUGGGUUUUCCCCUUUGAGUUUUGAUUUUUAUUUCCGUGACAGUCCCUCACACGCACAUUUUUAUUGUUAUUCUCCCUCUCCGCGUUGCUCGGAGAUCUGCCAGGGCAGAGGGAGGACUCCGAAGCCAAGGACGAUGUACCAGAGCCUGGCCAUGGCCGCCAACCACGGCCCCCCGCCCGGAGCCUACGAGACUGGGGGCCCCGGCGCCUUCAUGCACGGCGCGGGCGCCGCGUCCUCGCCGGUCUAUGUGCCCACGCCGCGGGUGCCCUCCUCGGUGCUGGGCCUGUCCUACCUCCAGGGCGGGGGCGGCGGCGCCGCGUCCGGAGCGGCGUCGGGCAGCAGCUCCGGCGCGGCCCCGUCGGCGGCGGGGCCCGGGACGCAGCAGGGCAGCCCCGUCUGGAGCCAGGCGGGAGCCGAGGGGGCAGCCUACACACCGCCGCCGGUGUCGCCGCGCUUCUCCUUCCCGGGAACCACCGGGUCCCUGGCGGCCGCCGCCGCCGCGGCUGCGGCCCGGGAAGCCGCGGCCUACAGCUCCAGCGGCGGGGCGGCGGGAGCGGGCCUGGCGGGCCGCGAGCAGUACGGGCGCGCAGGCUUCGCGGGCUCCUACUCCAGCCCCUAUCCCGCCUACAUGGCCGACGUGGGCGCGUCGUGGGCCGCAGCCGCCGCCGCCUCUGCGGGCCCUUUCGAAAGCCCGGUCCUCCACAGCCUGCCCGGCCGGGCCAACCCCACCGCCCGACACCCCAAUCUUGACAUGUUUGAUGACUUCUCAGAAGGCAGAGAAUGUGUCAACUGCGGGGCCAUGUCCACCCCGCUGUGGCGGCGGGACGGGACGGGACACUACCUGUGCAAUGCCUGCGGCCUCUACCACAAGAUGAACGGCAUCAACCGGCCCCUCAUCAAGCCUCAGCGCCGACUGUCCGCCUCCCGUCGAGUAGGCCUCUCCUGUGCCAACUGCCAGACGACCACCACCACGCUGUGGCGCCGCAACGCCGAGGGUGAGCCGGUGUGCAACGCCUGCGGCCUCUACAUGAAGCUCCACGGGGUCCCCAGGCCUCUUGCGAUGCGGAAAGAGGGGAUUCAAACGAGAAAACGGAAGCCCAAGAAUCUUAACAAAUCCAAGACGCCAGCAGGUCCUGCGGGCAGUGAGAGCCUUCCUCCUACGAGCAGCGCUUCCAGCAACUCCAGCAAUGCUACCAGCAGCAGCAGCAGCGAAGAGAUGCGCCCCAUCAAGACAGAGCCCGGGCUGUCAUCUCACUAUGGCCACAGCAGCUCCAUGUCCCAGACGUUCUCGGUCAGCGCCAUGUCUGGCCACGGGCCCUCCAUCCACCCAGUCCUCUCUGCCCUGAAGUUGUCCCCACAAGGCUAUGCAUCUCCGGUCAGCCAGUCACCGCAGGCCAGCUCCAAGCAGGACUCUUGGAACAGCCUGGUCUUGGCUGACAGUCACGGGGACAUAAUCACUGCGUAAUCUUCCCUCCUUCCCCCUCAACUUCCUGCGUGGACCCGGGCCCGGAGGCCGGCAGAGAUCAAGGCUCUGGGCUCCCGGGCCGGCCCCUGUCUGGGAGUGACUCUGGAAGAAAACUGGGAAGAAACUUGAAGUCGACGACUUGGUUAGGGCACAUAGGUGCUGGACUUGCUGAUGCCUUUUCUCAAGGUGGGGGGGCUGGCAGGAGCCCAGACUCUGCAUGGAGGAGCCCGCCCUCCACCAUGAGCACGCGAACUCUCUUCCCAUGGAGCUGGAGACGUGUUUCUCAUUCUCCACCCCGUCCCACCCCUGGUGAGACAAGGUGUCCUUCUCUCCUGUCCACUGCGGUGACCUAAGCUGGUGUCUUCUCCACUGUGUUCUCAGCACCAGGGCCCCGAGGGCGGCCGGAGGAGGCAGGGCCCCAGGGCCCCUCCGGGCAGCCCCUGUCCUUGCCCAACACUCCCCGGAGGCAUGGCACGUCUCUGCACCCCCCAGUACAAAUCUGACUCCAAAAGCACCAGGUGCAACGCAGAUGUUACUGAGCGCUUCCUGGGGAGCCGGUGGAGAGGGCCACGUCGCCCAGCACCCGCCGGCGCUUCAUCAGACCGCAGCAUGGCGACGUCACCUUCCCGUGCCGAGGCCCCAUCCUUUGCUCCUUGUCUUCCCUGCCAGGGCCUCCUAAAUGAGAACCCCUUCUGUUCUGAGUGAUUCAGCUCUGCCUUCAGCCUGUGCAUGUCUCUCCCUUUGCAAAACACGAGCUCGGUAGCGUAGCCGAGCGGCAGCGCCCCCCAAGUCUACCCCCGACGUCCUCCAGUCACCCUGUCGCUCACACAGCUGUUCGGAGCAAGGACAGGAGGUUCUGCUGCCGCAGCAAGCUUGGCAAACGCUCACCUGGAUCUCUAGACCCUUCCCGAGACAGUGUCUGGUGGACAGCGUCCUGCCUAGGAGCAGGGGAUUCGCCGAGGACUCUGGCUCCGUCAGACUGUGGCCCUGCUCCACGAGCCCCUGGGCCUGCAUCCUUUCCCCAGCAGAAUUCGUUUAUCCAGGAGAUGAAGAGCAAAGAUCUUGCAACCUAGACUCAAAGCAAACGAACAGCAAAAUCAAACCCACGGAAAGAAAGCAGCGGAGGGAUGAGAGCAGCGGGGGCCUUGUGGGACUGCAGCUCUGCGCUGUCCCGGAGCUGGCCUUCUGCUCCGCGCGCUGGGGCUCACAGACUUCGGCGUCCUCACGCUCGCUCUCUCAGCAGCACGGAAGCUGACUGUGGUGUUACUGCCCUGCCCCCACACACCCAGCCCCCACCCCAAUCCUACUGGCUGUAGCAGAGAAGAUCUUUAAGGCAAGAAUCUGUUUUAAUCAUCAUUUACAUUGUUUUCUUCCCGAAGGCCACCCUCCUCUACCCUCCCAAGCCCACGAACCUGUUAACAUUGUCUUAAGGUGAAAUGGCUGUAAAAUCAGUAUUUAACUAAUAAAUUUAUCUGUAUUCCUCUU